UCCGAGCUGCAGGGAGAAACGAAGAUUUUGAAGCUGAAGAACCUGCGCCCUCAGGACUACGCCAACUACAGCUGCGUCGCCUCCGUCCGAAAUGUGUGCGGCAUCCCCGACCGCAGCGUGAUCUUCAGACUCACCAACAGGACAGCGUCGCCGUCCAUCAAGCUGCUGGUGGAGGAUCCCAUCGUGGUCAACCCCGGCCAGACGGUGUCCCUGGUGUGCAUCACCACGGGGGGGGAGCCGGCGCCCGUCCUCACCUGGAUCAGCAGCAACGACAGCCUGCCGCGGAGGAGCGUGGUGAAGGGGGGCACGCUCACGCUGCCGGCCAUCACCUCGGACGAGGCGGGGGUCUACAGCUGCGUGGCCAGCAACAACGUGGGCAACCCGGCCAAGAAGUCCACCACCAUCGUGGUGCGAGCUCUGAAAAAGGGCCGGUUCUGGAUCACCCCUGACCCCUACCACAACGACGACAACAUCCAGAUCGGACGGGAGGUCAAGAUAUCUUGUCAGGUGGAGGCGACCCCGCCGGAGGAGCUGACCUUCAGCUGGCUGAAAAAUGGCCGCGCCCUGCGCAGCUCGGAGCGGAUGGUCAUCACCCAGACGGACCCCGACAUCUCCCCCGGCACCACCAACCUGGACAUCAUAGACCUCAAGUUCACCGACUUCGGCACGUACACCUGCGUGGCGGCGCUGAAGGGAGGGGGCAUUCCCGAGAUCAGCAUCGACGUCAACAUCUCGUCCACAACUGUUCCCCCCAACCUGACAGUCCCCCGGGACAAGUCCCCCCUGGUGGCCCGCGAGGGCGACACAGUGGAGCUGGAGUGCCUUGUUUCAGGGAAGCCCAAGCCCAUCAUCCUGUGGUCGCGGGCCGACAAGGAGGCGCCCAUGCCGGACGGCGGCAUGCAGAUGGAGAGCUACGACGGUGUUCUGCGUGUUGUUAAUGUGUCCAGGGAGAUGACGGGCUCGUACCGCUGCCAGACCAGCCAGUACAACGGCUUCAACGUGAAGCCCCGGGAGGCCGUGGUGGAGCUGAUCGUGCAAU